AUGUUAUACAAAACUCAGCUCUGUUCGUUUUAUGCUAAGGGUAUAUGUGCUCGAGGAAGUAAAUGUAGUUGGGCUCAUGGGCAGUCAGAUGUAAGGCCUAUGCCGAAAUUUUAUAAGACUCGAAUGUGCUACACGUUUCUAUCGGGCAGUUAUUGUGAAGCCUCAAAAUGCACCUUUGCCCACACUGAAGAUGAAUUACGAGGUUCAGGAAAAGCUUUGAGACUGUGUACUAAAUUUUUCUUGGAUGGUUAUUGUAACAAAUCUGAUAAGUGUCCUAUGGCUCAUCACAUUAGUCAAUUGGACCCUUCAGUAAAAUUUACAGCUAGCGAAUUGAUGAACAGAAUGUACAACAAUGAAGAAACUUCAUGUCAUAAAGAAAAUGGAGAUACACAAGAAAAUGAGGAUAAUAAUAUAUAUUUAAAAAAUGAUACAUACAAAAAUGACGAAAAUAACGUUGAUAUGGACUAUAGCAUGAUGAACAAUUUUAAUGAUAAUAAUUUAAGAGAUUCUAAAAAUAAUUACAAAAAUGUUCUUAUGGAUAGCAAUCAAGAAUAUGACUAUAUGACAGAAAUUAAGGUUCCCCAUUCUGCUAACGAAGAACUUCUUAUUAAUCAUGAUGCAAUAAUGGAAUGUGGAAAAGAAGUGGUAAAAAAUAAUCAACAUAUGAAAAGUAAAAAUAAUGUUAUGAUCAGAAAUGAAUAUACACCGAACCAAGGAAAACUAAUUAUGAAUGAAAACGACAAAUAUGAUGAAUACAUAAUAAAUCAAGACGUUUUAAAAAUAAAUAACACGAAAGCUUGCGACUAUUAUAAUAAAAUAAAUGAAAAUAUCCAUCCAAUUGAUUAUAUUAUGAAUGGUGAAAUGGUAGAUGAAAGAGAAAAGAAAAUUAACCAUAACCAAGAAUAUGUAUACAAUAAAAAUGGAGAACCUAUUGAUACAUAUGACAAUUAUGAAAUUUGUAAAAACUAUAAGCUGAUGAAUAAAAAUAGAUUUAUAAAUAAUGAGUAUUAUAAAAAUGGUAUUGUUACAAUAGAACAGAAUAUACAAAAUGUGGAAGGUACAACUUAUGUAGGUAGUAAUUGUCUAUCCACUAAUUGUGUAAGUCAUUGUUUGGCUAAUCACUGUUUAGGAAAUCAUUGUGUAGGUAAUAAUUGUUUGGCUAGUAACUAUUUGGCUAGUAAUUGUUUGGCUAGUAACUAUUUGGCUAGUAACUGUUUGGCUAGUAACUGUUUGGCUAGUACCUGUUUGGCAAAUAAUUGUAUAAAUAACAAUUGUGUAACAAAUAGUUGUAUGAAUAACAAUUGUGUAACAAAUAGUUGUAUGAAUAACAAUUGUAUGAAUAAUAAUUAUUUGAAUAAUAAUUAUAUGAAUAACAAUUGUAUGAGUAAUAAUUAUAUGAAUAACAAUUGCAUGAGUAAUAAUUAUAUGAACAGCAAUUGCAUGAGUAAUAAUUAUAUGAAUAGCAAUUGCAUGGGUAAUCAUUAUAUAAGAAAUCACUGUACCGGAAACAAUUGUAUAGGGAAUAAUAUAUAUUCUGGUGGUUAUAACACCUUACGUAAUUAUAUUUCUAAUAAUAAUAAUAAUAAUAGUAAUAAUAGUAAUAAUAAUGGUAAUAAUAGUAAUAGUAAUAGUAAUAGUAACAAUAAUAACAAUAUGAAUAAUGUGUAUAAUUAUAGCAGUGUUAAUAAUUUAAAUAAUGUUGACAAUAUGAAUAAUUCAAGAAAAAUGAUACAACAUAAUAUAUCAUCUAAUAUGGGUAGUACUAUGAAGAUAAUAAAUAAAGGAGAAAAAAAUGAUAUACAUAUAUGUGGAGAGAAGUAUAUAUAUAAUAACAUAAAACAAAAAAAAGAUACUUUAGAAAAUUCUCUUCAAGAUGAGCAUGUGGUUACAUAUGAUAAUUGUAAAAAUGUCUUAAGUAAUAUAUAUCAUGAAAAUAGUGUUGUUCAUUUUAAUAAAGGAAAUGAGAGUGUGGAAAUCUUCGAAGAAAUGAAUAAUAAUAAUAUUAACAACAACAAUAAUAACAAUAAUAAUAAUAACAAUAAUAAUAUUAACAAUAAUAAUAAUAAUAACAAUAAUAACAAUAAUAACAAUAAUAAUGAUAAUAAUAUUAUACAUUAUUCAUACAAUAAUCAUAACGAUUUCAAUGAUAUCAACAGACAAGAUAAUAAUGGAGAUAACAAAGAAAAUCAUAAAAAUAUGCAUAUGAAUAAUAACUGUUUUUAUUAUAAUAAUAAUAAUAAUAAUAAUUAUUAUCAUCAUUGUCAUAACAAUAUAUCUAAUGAAAAAGACAAUUACAAAAAUGACAAGAAAAAUAUCGAAAAAAAAAAUAAUACAAAUGAAAAUAUCCAAAUGAAUAACUUAAUAUAUAAUAUGAGUAAAAUGUCUCUUCAUAAUAUAAAUAAUCAUAUGAACAACAGGAAUAGAAGAUUAACUACAUGUCUUCCUAUAGAACAAAAAACAUUUAUUAAUUCUUAUCAUAUGAAUAAUAAGAAUGUUGACAAAAAUAUGCAUAACUUAUUAAAUGUUAAUAUACAAGAAGAUGAACAGGAUGAAAAAAAUAUGGUUACAAAUAUAGAGCAUUAUAAAGAAAAUAUAUCUCAUAAUAACCAAUAUAAUAAUAAUCAUAAUUAUUAUUAUUAUAAUAAUUCAGAGGGAGAUUUUAAAAAAUAUUUUAUUUUAAAUAAUAAAUAUUUAAUAGAAAAUGCAAAUAAAUAUAACAAUCAAUAUAUUAUAUCAAGAAAUUGUAGUGCAACUAUUCAUGAUCAUUUAAUGAAGAAUCAUGAGAUGAAGAAUAAUUAUAUGGAUAACUAUGAAAUUAAUAAUAAUUACAUAAAUAAUUAUCAUAUGGGUGCUCAUUCUAAUAAUUCUCUUAACGCAUUCAACAACUUGGAUGACGUUGAAAGGAAUAAUAACAUGGAAGUAACAAACUCGGUUGUAGAAAAUAUCCAAAGGAGACACAUGAAUGGCGUGAGUAACAUGAAUGGUGUGAGUAACAUGAAUGGUAUAAAUAAUAUGAACGGUAUAAAUAAUAUGAACGGUAUAAAUAAUAUGAACGGCAUACAUAACAUGAACGGUAUACAUGACAUAAACGGCAUACAUAACAUGAACGGUAUACAUGACAUGAACGGCAUACAUAACAUGAACGGCAUACAUAACAUGAACGGUAUACAUAACAUGAACGGUAUACAUGACAUAAACGACAUACAUAACAUGAACGGUAUACAUAAUAUAAACGGCAUACAUAAUAUAAACGGCAUACAUAACAUGAAUAAUAAUAAUUUACUUUUACAAAAUGUAAAAGGAGGUCAACUUUUUGAUAGUGUUGAUAACAAUAUGUAUAAUAAUACAUCUAAUCCUAACAAUGAUUACAUGUGUGAUGGGGUUGAUGUUUCUAAUAUGAACGAAAGAGAAAUUAUGAACACAGAAGAGAACAUAAUACUUAAAUAUAAGAAAAUUCAAAAAAAUAAUUUGAUGCAUGACAACAAUAUGAUGAAUGGGAAGGAAGGUACAUCAAAAAAAAACAUUAGUAACAUAAUAAAUAAUAAUGUAAUAUUAAAUAACUGUUCAAAUAAGGUGUCUAAUAAUGAUUUCGAUGAUGAAAAGGACGCAUAUUUACAACAUGAGUGGAAUAAUGAAGAGAUCAUAUUAAAUAAUUAUAAUAAUAAUAUGGAUAAUAGUAGAUGUAAAAAUAAACAUAAUGAACAGUAUCCAGAUAAAUGUUGUGAUGGUGAUGAUAUUAUUAAUUCUGACUUUUCGUAUAACAAAAACAUGUAUACUAUAAAGGAAAACCAUAUAAAUUAUAUGAACAGAAAAAGUGAGAACAUACAUGAAAAUAUGAGAAUAACAAAUAUGAAGAAAAAUAUGAGUUCGAUAGAAAAAAUGGAUGAAAAAUUAAUUUUCCCAAAUGGUUGUAGUAGUAGUAGUAGUAGUAGUAGUAAUAAUAAUAAUGAUGACAAUAAUAAUAAUAAUGAUAACAAUAAUAAUGAUGAUAAUUAUAAUAUUGGUAGUUUUUUUAGUGAUGAUAUACAAUAUAAUAUAAAAAAAAAGUUAGAAAGAAACAAUAUCGAGAUUAAUAAGAACUAUGUACAUUUACACAACAUGAAAUAUAGGAAUAGAGAAAAUCAUAUGGAUAAUAUGGAUAAUUAUAAUGAGAACGAUAAUGUACUAGAAAUUUAUAAUAUAAGUAAUAAUAUGAAUAAUACAAUGACGGAAAGUAAUAAAUAUAUGAACAAUGAUAGUAUAGGAUAUAAUAGUACAAAAAAUUCUCAUGAGAGUUAUUCAUAUAAUAAAUAUGUUAACAAAGUGGAUGAUAAGAAUGCGACUACACAAGAGGGAAAAAAUAAUAUAAACGAGCAAAAAGUAUAUAGGAAUGAAGAAAAGAUAUACUUAAGUGUAGAUCAUAAAAUAAAUGAAGAAAGAGUUGGUAAAAAUGUUAGUAACCAAAUUAGUGAUAGGAUAGACGACAAAAUGAGUGACAAUAUGAGUGAGAAAAUAAAGAAUAGAUUAUUAUAUGAUGAGAACUUUGAAAAUAAUAGUGAUCCUACAUACUUUUUUGACGAUUAUAACAAAUCUGUUGCUUCCUCUUUAGAAAAAUAUAAUUAUUUGAAUUAUAUGGAAAAUACAAAAAAUAAUUGUAUGGUAAAUAACAACUUGGAUAUAUAUGAAUUUUCUUGUAAAAGUGAAGGCGGCUUAUCAAAUGACAUGUACAAAAAUGAAAAAGAUAUACUUGAUACGAGAAGAAAGGGUUCUUUUAAUAGUAAUACGGAAGAUGAUAAAAUGAACUAUGAAUAUGAUGAUAAUAAGCUUGAUGAUAAUAAGGAUGAUGAUAAUAAGGAUGAUGAUAAUAAGAAUGGUGAUAAUAAGGAUGGUGAUAAUAAUAGCAAACAUAGUGUUAAGAGUUAUAAUCCUUUAACUUACAGUUUUAGUGGUUUAUGUGAAUGUUUGAGUAAACAAGAUAAUAUUUAA